AUGGCGCCACGGCCGGCGCCGCCGGCGGCGCUGAUGGACGAGCUCGUGGAGGAGAUUCUCCUCCGUAUUCCACCGGACGACCCCGCGCGCCUCCUCCGCGCCGUGCUCGUCUGCAAGCGCUGGCGCCGCAUCGUCUCCGAUCCUAGAUUCCGCCGCCGGUUCCGUGAGUUCCACCGCACGCCCCCGAUGCUCGGCUUCCUCCGCAAUCACGGGCGAGCGUCGUCCUUCGUCUCCACCUCCUCCUUCCGCGCGCCCCCUGCCGAUCGCGUCAACAGUCGCGCGAUCGACGCGCGCCAUGGCCGCGUCCUCCUCCAGAGCCGGGGCCCUUCGGAUCGGAAGCCCUGGGAGGAUGCCUUCCAUGUCUGGGACCCGACCACGGGCGAACGGAGGAAACUGCCCGUGCUUCUGCCGGGGCCCGUCUACCCUUGGUCCUGGAAUGCCGCCGUGCUCUGCGCUGCAGCCACCGAAGGCUGUGAACACCUCGAUUGCCACCGCGGACCCUUACUGGUCGUCUUUGUAGGCAGCGGCAAGGACGUGGAAACGUCCGCGAUGUGUGCCCAUGUCUACUCAUCGGAGUCUGAUUCGUGGAGCCAGCAGAUCUCUGCUCCUCAGUUCUCUGAUGAUAUCCGAUUGGAGCCAAGUGCCCUUGCAGAGAAUGCGCUCUACUUUCGGUGUAUGCAUAGUGUCCUCAAGUAUGAUUUGGCCACACGGGAACUAUCUUUGAUUGUCCUGCCAGAAAAAUGCUUCUUAUGGGGACGCGCUCCACUCAUGGCUACCGAGGACGGUGGACUUGGACUUGCCUACAUACGUUCAAGUAAUUGUACCUGUGGUCGAGGAAGGCUGGCCCUAACGAUGGUGCAGGACGGGCAAGCAAAGUCAUUAAGCUUACCUGCUCAUGACAACACACUUGUUCCGAUGGUUCUGACUGGCUUUGCACAUGGCCUUGAUGUCUUUUUUGUGAGGACAAGUGUGGGGAUUUUCACUAUUGAUCUGAAGUCCAUCAGUGUCACAAAGGUGUGCGAAGAAAGUUGCUGCGAUGAAAGUUUCCCCUACAUGAGCUUCUGCACUCCAGCAUUGGGAGCAGCCUUUGCCGAGGUAUCAAGAACAGGCACCUCAAAUGCCUGA